AUGAACGGCAACGACAAGAACGCGACAGCCAUUGUCGGCAGUCUCCCGCAAGAGCUCAAGAAUACUCCAACGCUGCUCGUAUUGCUUGUCCUAGUCCCCAUAAUCACCGGUCUCCUCUCCUACAUAGUCGAUUACUUUUCCUCCCCAUUGCGGAAAUAUCCCGGCCCCUUUCUUGGACGAUGGACGAAUCUAUAUCGCAUGUAUCACGCCUGGCGCGGUUCCAUGCACCUGGUUUCCAAGGACCUGCAUGACAAGUACGGACCAGUCGUUCGUAUGGCCCCCGGCUAUCUGGACGUGGACUAUUCGUCAUUGAUCAAGACAUGUUUCGAUGUUCAAGGAGUCUGGGAAAAGACUGAAUGGCACGGUGUCAGCGGCGCCGUCGUUGACGGAAAACUCUUCUAUAACAUAUUUUCCGAAACUCGGGCAGCUGAGCAUGCUAGAAUCAAGAAGCCCAUCGCCAAGUAUUUUUCUCCAAGUGGAGUUGCUCCUCUUGAGCCGCACGUCGACGCGGUGCUGGCAUCACUCUGUCGCAUCUUGAGCGAUCGGUUUGCUGGCGACGGCAAAUUUGGCGAUGCCUUUGACUUUGGAAAAUGGGUGCUGUACUUUGCUUGGGAUGUCGUUGCAAAGACAACUUGGAGUCAACGAGUUGGCUAUCUGGAAAAGGGAUACGACUUUGAUGGAUCUCUCAAUGUGUCUGAAAAGGCCAUGGAUUAUCUCGUCACCAUAGGCAUGUAUCCAAAGCUCGACAAGUAUCUAGACAAGAACCCCUACGUUCGCAUCGGGCCCCCGGCCUUUGGCAGCAUCACCAACCUUGGCCUCGGCCAUCUCAUGGCGCGCAUGAAGGGCGAGGACAAGCACGAUCCUGCCAAGCCGGAUUUCUUGGACCGCUACCUCGAGGCACAGCAAAAUAACCCCGAGGUUGUCGACGUCUACCGCAUCCUGUCGUACAUGCUGGUCAACCUCGCGGCCGGUUCCGACACGACUGCCGUGAGCUUGCGCUCCAUCUUUUACCUCUCGCUCAAGCACCCGCACGUCUACCGCCGCCUCGAGGCCGAGAUCCUGGACGCAAACUUUUCCAAGUUGCCUGCUUCCUAUGCCGAGAGCCGCAAGUUGCCAUAUCUCGAGGCCGUCACGCGCGAGUGUCUACGCUACCUGCCAGGUAACUGCUUCGCGCAGGAGCGCUACGUCCCCGCUGGCGGCCUGACCUUGCCCGAUGGCUCGCACGUACCGCAGGGCACCGCAAUUGGCUUCAAUGCCUACGUGCUACACCGCAACAAGCAAGUCUGGGGCGCCGAUGCCGAAGAGUUCGUGCCCGAGAGGUGGCUCCCGGCCGCGGGCGAGUCGGGCGAGGCCUUUGAGGCGCGGCUGCAAGCCAUGAAUAAUGCAGAUCUUUCCUUUUCGGCGGGCUCGAGAAAGUGCAUUGGCAUGAAUCUCGGCAAGAUGGAGGUUAGCAAGUCGGUGGCGACCCUGAUCAAGCUGUUUGCCUUUGAGUUGGCGGACCCUAGCAAGGAGUGGACGAUUCACAACAGCAUCUUCCCGAGACAGUCUGGGGUGCUACUUAAAUUAAAGGCACGAGACGGCACUUCCGAAGAGGUGGCUGCGAUGGAUGUAGACUAUUGA